AUGAUCAUAGCUAUAUGCUCAAUAGAUCCACACUUUUCUCAAUGGACAUGUGAUUUUCGGUAUAGAAUAAUUGCACUUCACAUAAUUGAUUUUGAACAUAGCUUUCUAGCUGCAAGAAAUAGUAAAUUAAGAGUUUCUAAUGAGAAUGAGUUGAAUAUGACACACCUAUUUAUUUUUCUAAUAAAUAAUGAAAAAAUAGAGCAAAGAAAUAGAUCAAGUGGUGUGGAGCAAAAGGGGCAAAUGAUGAUGAAUCUUCUGAAAUUUGUGAAGGCUUUAGAUUGGAAUUUUCUUCUAGAUGUUCUUGAGGCUUUUGGUUUCUCUCUUCAAUUUCGAAAGUGGAUUCUAGCAAUUUUUUCUUCCGCAAGGAUUUCCAUUAUGAUCAAUGGUAAAAUAAAUGGUUAUUUCUCCUGCUCUAGAGGAGUCAGACAAGGAGACCCACUUUCACCUCUGCUUUUCUGUCUUGCCGAGGAUUUCUUAAGCAGAUUGAUGAGUCACAAGUUGGAUAGAGGCAGAUUAUCACCAAUGAUUUUUAACAGGGGUAACCAAUUUCCAACUCAUUUUUUCUAUGCGGAUGACAUUCUUCUGUUUGGGAAAGCGUCAAUGAAGAACAUGAAUGCUAUUAGUGAGAUUUUUAAGCUUUAUGGGAAUUUGUCGGGUCAGAGAGUUAGCUGGGAAAAAUCAUACAUUUUCUAUGGUUCAGCGGUUUCGGCUGCCCGAAUAUCGAAAUUCCAGCAGGUCCUGGAUAUUAAAAAAGGGAACCUUCCUUUUGAAUACUUAGGUGUCCCUUUAUUCAUCGGUAUGCCUAAAAAGAUUUGGUUGAAGCCUAUUGCGGAUAGGAUUUGUAACAAAUUUUCUAAGUGGAAAGGUAAGUCGUUGUCCAUGGCGGGUCGCCUUUUGCUUAUUAAAUCGGUUGUAACCAGCUCUCUUCUUCAUUCCUUUGCGGUUUAUCGUUGGCCUCAUUCGCUUAUUUCCUACAUCCAAAAAUGCAUGAGAAAUUUUCUUUGGAGUGGCUCCAUUCUCAACAGAAAGCCAGUUCAGGUGCCUUGGAAGAAUUGUUGUCUUUCGGUCAAAGAAGGUGGUCUUGGUAUAAAGAAUCUUCACCACUUAAAUACUGCUAUGCUUUCCAAAAUGGCUUGGAAGCUGAUUUCUUCUCAGACUUUCCCUAUCACAGUGCUUCGAUCUAGAUUUCUUCAUCCUUCCGGUGUUCCUCGUGAUGUUUAUCUCAGUUCCUCUAUUUGGUAUUCUAUUAAACAGUCUUUCUCGGAUAUUCGCAGCAACUCAGUUUGGUUUAUCGGUUCUCAGUCUAAUCUUUUGUUUUGGACUGAUGAUUGGAUCUCCCCAAAUGUUGCUACUCAAAUGGGUUUCAGUAUCAAGGAGCAGAAAAACCUCACGGAUCUGAUAUCAAACUUUUUAGUGCAGGGAGUUUGGCAUUUGGACAACGUUGUUAACACAGAGCAUGAUUUUAGUUCUCAGAUUGCUGCUCUUUGGAGUGCUGCCAUUAUCUCAGCAGUUUGGAUGAUUUGGAAUUCUAGAAAUGAUGCAAUAUUUGAAGGGGUUGAGCCGAAUAUUCAUAUCACGCUCCGACAUAUUUGGAAAGCUAUUCGAGAAACCGAUUUUUACAGAUGUGGUAGCAUGCAUAAUUCUGAAAAAGAAAAGAAAAUCAUUUCUCUUUUGAAUAUCAAGAAGAUCCAUGGCAAAGCUCCAAGGAUUAUUGAAGUCAAAUGGCACCCUCCUUUAGUGAAUUGGAUUAAAGUCAACACGGAUGGAUCGGCUACGGGCUCCCCAGGUAUUGCGGGCUCAGGUGGGAUUUUUAGAAAUGCGAGAGGCUUUCCAAAAGGAGCAUUUGCUUUUGGAAUUGGUUCAAGUCUUGCUUUUAUCGCUGAAUUGAGAGCGGCCAUGUUCGCAAUUAAAGUGGCUUGGAAUAAGGGUUGGUUGAACCUUUGGCUUGAAUCUGAUUCAUUAUUUGUUGUUGAUGCUCUGAAAACUAAGUCGAUGAAUGUUCCUUGGAGGGUUAUGGAUCAGUGGCUUGAUUGCUUGUUUUAUAUCUCCAAGAUGAAUGUGGUGGUGUCUCAUAUUUAUAGAGAGGGAAAUGUUGUGGCUGACAUCCUUGCAAAGUAUGGAGCUAAUUCGGAUGCUAGUUAUUGGUGGGAUUCUUCUCCAAUUUUUUGCAAUAGAGAAAUUUGUAAUGAUUUAGAUAAUCUUUCAAGAUAUAGAUUUGUCUAAUGUGGUGUGGGUUUCUUGGUUUUCUGUGGUUUGUUGGAAUCAUCUGUUGGCGCUCUUAUGAUGAUAUUCUGCAUUUUCUAUUUUGGGUUCAUAGUUGGUGCAUAUUUGCUUGGUUUUGGACAGUGCACUGGUGGUUAAAGAUUGGACAUGGUUGCUGCAAAUCUGAGUUGUCUCUUCAUUAUUGGUUCAUGCUUGAAGUGUUUGUUGCUUUCAAAGUAGUCUUCUCAGAUUUCCUUUUACAACAGCAAAUGUUUUGCUGUUUUUUAUUUUUUGGGUGUCUCAUUGUUUGUUUAUUAGCCUUGUUUCCGGAUAUUAUUUCAUUUUUAUUAAUAUAAGUAGCAAGAAAAAUGAUGCAUUCGCUAA